AUGAGGCUAACAGAAUAUGAGACUGUUGCACUUACUGAAGAGUGCAGCUCCAGAAUCCAAAAUAAGUUGCCCACUAAACUGAAAGAUCUGGGUAGCUUUACGGUUCAGAUCACUAUAGGGCAGAGCAUUCAUGCGCGAGGAAUGUGUGAUCUAGGAGCUAGCACAAAUUUGAUGCCGACUUCUUUGUACAAAAAGCUGAGGUUGGGUAGUCCUAAACCUACUAUUAUUAUCUUACAGUUGGUUGAUAGGUCUGUAGCUAGGUCUGAGGGUGUUGUAGAGGAUGUUCUAGUGCAAGUGGGAUCGUUGAUUUUCCCAGUAGAUUUUGUUGUGCUGAAUUUUGAGCCAGAUCUUGAGGUCCCGUUCAUCUUAGGAAGACUGUUCUUAGCCACUGGGAGGGCUAUGAUAGAUGUAGCAGCUAGGCAACUUACUAUGCGAGCACAUGAUAAAGUGGAGGUUUUCGACAUGUAUAAAGCAUUAAAUCUGCCAGUGGUGUAUGAGGAGUUGUCUGCCAUUAUUGUGAUAGAUCUUGAGGCAGAGGCUCGCUAUAUUGCAUCAAAGGACCCAUUAGAGCGAGUGUUAGUAGGGGACGAUAUUUAUGGGGAUGCUGAGGCACAUGAAAUUGUGCAAUUUCUUGAUGUGGCACUUGUAGGUACAUCUGAAGAUCGAUGGGAGCCUCUAAAUAGGGUGUUGGGUUCUCCACCUAAGCCCUCCAUUGAAGAAGCACCCAAGAUGGAGUUAAAAGCAUUGCCAAUCCACCUGAGGUAUGCAUUUUUGGGUGAAAAUAAAAAUUUACCAAUUAUUUUGUCUGCAGCAUUGUCUAAUGCACAGGUGGAAGCAUCAUUAAUCAUCUUGAAGAAGAGGAAAGCAGCUUUGGGGUGGCAAAUGUCCGAAAUCGAUGGAAUUAGUCCCGCUCUGUGUAUGCAUAAAAUUUACAUGGAGGAAGGGCAUAAGCCGAGUGCAUAA